AUGGAAGCUAUAGUAAAGAACGCUAUGCAGCAAUUUUGUGAAGAAAAUAACAUCUUGCAGGAUUUUCAACAUGGCUUCAGGAGAGGACGUUCCUGCCCCUCAAAUCUGCUUGCUUGUCUGGAAAUCUGGACCAGGGCUCUAGAAGAGGGUUUUGAGGUCGAUGUCGUGUACAUCGAUUUCCGCAAAGCUUUUGACACUGUCCCACACCAACGUCUUCUUCACAAAUUGAGCGACAUCGGCAUCCGGGGAGAUCUUCUGAACUGGAUUAGGGCGUUUCUGGUUGGUCGGAAACAACGUGUCUGUAUCGGCGAUGAUAUGUCAGAAUGGGUGAAUGUGACCAGUGGUGUGCCGCAAGGCUCAGUUCUGGGACCACUGCUCUUCAUCCUUUGCGUUAACGACAGCCUUCAGGAACUCGAGUGCGGCAAAAUAAUGUUUGCAGACGACGUUAAGCUCUGGCAAGUCAUUAAGGGUCCGAAUGAUCAGAGAUCCCUUCAAGAUAAUCUGCACCGACUGCAAGCGUGGUCGAAGAAAUGGCUUCUCGAUUUCAAUGUGAAAAGUGUGCCGUCCUUCAUCUGCGUCCAACGAACUCUCAUUCAAAUGAGAGUCUGA